CUUCUGCUCCACGCAUUGAUGCGUGGAACUUCAAUGAAACGCUUUAAGGUAUAACUUCGAACGUCUAGAACCCCCUCUCGGCAGAGUGUUGAAAACUUCUGCAAAAUACAUCUUUCGCGGUGCAUACUGUAUUACCGUUACCUGCUCUUGCGUCUCCAGCCACAAGUUUUGAAGCUACGUUAUCAUGCGAUGAUAUCCUGAUAGAUAAGUCUUCCUUUUCGGCCCCCUCCAGGCUCCAGCCGGAAUUAAUGACUUUAGUAACCGGCUCGUAUCCAGGACAGUGAAACGCGCGCAUCGAAACGGAGGGUAGUCUGUUCGCGUCCUAUACUUAUCUGAUGCAUUUGAAGCUCUUUCCUUUCCAAAGGAGAUCAAAGUUAUCUCCCUUACGACAAUUGUUUCCACCGGGUUAUUGAUCCCAUACAAUGAAUGUUAUUCUUAAACCUUAGAUGAGUGAUGUCCUGAACUCCUCUCAUGUGUCACUCACCUAGAAUCAUCCUUCUACUGACUUCGGGAGUCAUCCCUGCUCUGGUGUUCUUUUCCAAAAGACACAGGGCCCAAAAUUUAGAUGAUUUCCCGACUGUUGGCUGCUCCUUCGGCCCGUCUCGUUGUUUCAGCAACUUUUACGUAGGCGCAUUCAGAUUCCUUGUAGACGCACCAGGUGUCCUCAAGGAGGGUUACGAAAAGUAUGGUAAUAGGCCGUUUAAGGUCGCAACUAUGUUGCGCUGGACGGUAGUUUUCAGUGAUCCUCAGCACAUGGUGGAAAUUGCGAAUGCCGCGGAAGAAGACCUUUCAUUUCGCGAGGCUAUGAAAGAUAUCAUGGGUGUUGACGAUACAUUAGAGAUUAACGUCGGCAGUCCAGAUCAUGAUCUUCUUGCCGAACUACUCAAGAGUCAUAUUGCUAGAAAUGCAACCAAAAUCUGUGGCGAAGUUCAAGACGAGUUGCUCGCGUCUCUCGAGAACGUUUUAGGAAAUGAGGGUGAUGAUUGGACCUCUAUCCCCGCUUUGGGCACCGUAAGUCGAAUAAUGGUGCAGACAUGGCAACGAUUCUUUGUUGGCUAUCCCCUAUGCCGCAACUCCGAGUGGUGUUCCUUAGUGGCCAAGAUUCACAAGGAUGUGGCGAUAUCGAGUGUGAUCAGACGUCUUGUGCCAUCAUGGACAUUCCCAUUCUUUGUGAGAAUGGCUAGCAACCUCAAGGCAAAUGUUGAUCGUGCGACUAUGUUGUUGGGUCCUGCAGUGGAGGCUUGCAUGGGCGAAGUGGACGAAUAUUCUGUUCCAAACCAGCAGAAGAUCGACUUCCUCGCGCGACUCGUAAGGCGAUCUGCAGGUGAAGAUAGUUUGUUGAGAAACCUUACGACCCGUCUGCUUGGUUUCACCAUUGCGGUUGCAUCUACACCCUCAAAUACCUUUACCCAUGCCCUAUAUCAUUUAGCCACAAACCCUGAGGUUGCGCAGGCAUUGCGGGAUGAAGUUGACCCCAUCGUACAACUUGAUGGCUGGAAUAUACAGUCCGUAGCGAAGAUGAGCAAGAUAGACAGUUUCCUGAGGGAGAGCGCCAGGAUCAAUGGCGUAUCAUCUUUGGGAUUCUUUAGGCAGGCGACGCAUGAUUUCUCGCUCUCCGAUGGCACAUUCCUCCCCAAGGAUUGUACCGUAGCGGUGUCUUUGCCGCCAUUUCACCAUGACAGCACAGCAUAUGAGGCCCCCGACGAAUUCAGACCUUUCAGGUUUUCGGACAAUCCAGAACUCAAAAUGACCACUAUCACACCCCAGUGGUUGUUUUUUGGUUACGGGAAACAUUUGUGUCCUGGACGUUUCUUGCUCACUUACCAGCUGAAAGUCAUGUUUGCGUAUAUGGUAUCUACCUACGACAUUAGAAUUGGCGAUGGAUGGACAUCGCGUCCGCCAAACUUCAUAUUUGGGGAGGGAGUCGUACCGAAUCUAUCUGCGCAUGUCUCAUAUAGAAGACGGCAGCCUAUAAGUGAUAGCACUGAUUAUUAGAUGUAGCUAACGUCAUUAGUUUUUGAAAUCCGAGGGUUUGCAUGAUAUGGAAAAUUAGGUUGAUG